AGGCGGAGAUACAAGAUGGCAGCCGUGGUCGCGGCGGCGUCGAGGCUGCUGCGAGGCUCGGGUUCCUGGGGCUGCUCGCGGCUGAGGUUCAGAGCCCCCGCAUGCCGACAGUUCAGUAGUGGCGGUGCCUAUCCCAACAUCCCCCUGUCUUCUCCCUUGCCUGGAGUACCCAAGCCUGUUUUUGCUACAGCUGAUGGACAAGAAAAGUUUGAAACCAAAGUUACCACGUUGGAUAACGGACUUCGUGUGGCAUCCCAAAAUAAGUUUGGACAGUUCUGUACAGUAGGAAUUCUUAUUAAUUCAGGAUCAAGAUAUGAAGCAAAAUAUCUUAGUGGAAUUGCGCACUUUCUGGAAAAAUUGGCAUUUUCGUCUACUGCACGAUUUGACAGCAAAGAUGAAAUUCUGCUUACCUUGGAAAAACAUGGUGGUAUCUGUGACUGCCAGACAUCAAGAGACACCACCAUGUACGCUGUGUCUGCUGACUCAAAAGGCUUGGACACUGUGGUCGGCUUGUUGGCUGAUGUGGUUCUGCAGCCCCGGCUAACAGAUGAGGAGCUAGAGCUGACCCGCCUGGCUGUCCAGUUCGAGCUGGAGGACCUAAACAUGAGGCCUGACCCGGAACCUCUCCUCACCGAGCUGAUUCAUGAAGCAGCGUACAGGGGGAACACGGUGGGCCUCCACCGCUUCUGCCCCACAGAGAACAUAGCCAAGAUCGACCGGAGGGUGCUCCACUCCUACCUGAGCAGCUACUACACUCCCGACCGGAUGGUGCUGGCUGGGGUGGGGAUGGAGCACGAGCACCUCGUCGAGUGUGCCCGGAGACACCUGCUGGGGGUGCGGCCUGCCUGGGGAGACUGGGGGGCUGCGGAAGCCGACAGGUCGGUUGCACAGUACACGGGCGGGAUCGUCAAGCUGGAGAGAGACAUGUCCAAUGUCAGCCUGGGCCCCACCCCGAUCCCCGAGCUCACGCACGUCAUGCUGGGACUGGAGAGCUGCUCCUUCCUGGAGGAAGAUUUCAUCCCCUUCGCGGUGCUCAACAUGAUGAUGGGAGGAGGGGGCUCCUUCUCGGCUGGCGGUCCUGGGAAGGGCAUGUUCACCAGGCUCUACCUCAAUGUGCUCAACAGGCACCACUGGAUGUAUAACGCCACCGCUUACCACCACAGCUAUGAGGACACAGGCCUCUUAUGCAUCCACGCCAGUGCCGACCCCAAGCAGGUUCGUGAAAUGGUGGAAAUCAUCACAAAGGAGUUUAUCUUGAUGGGUGGAACUGUGGAUGUGGUGGAGCUAGAGCGAGCCAAGACCCAGCUGAUGUCCAUGCUCAUGAUGAACCUGGAGUCCCGGCCUGUGAUCUUCGAGGAUGUCGGCAGGCAGGUGCUGGCCACCGGCUCCAGGAAGCUUCCUCACCAGCUCUGCAGCCUCAUCCGCAAUGUGACGUCAGAGGACAUCAAGAGGGUCACUUCUAGAAUGCUCCGUGGGAAGCCUGCAGUGGCAGCGCUGGGCGACCUGGCAGACCUGCCGGCCUAUGAGCACAUCCAGGCCGCGCUGUCGAGCAGGGACGGGCGCCUGCCCAGGGUGUUCCGGCUCUUCCGAUAGCGACACCUGAGGCCUGGCACUGCCCCGGGCUGGCGUGUUUCUGAAUUUGUUUCCUUGGAGGUUAUUUUAGUACAAAAAGACGCCUGGGUAUAUAAACAGCAAGCAGUGGGACUCUUCUCUUAAACUUGAAAGAAAAACUUAACGCCCCUGGACUACCAGCUCCAUUUUCGUUCCUUCAGAACUGAAUGUGCCCAUCUGUGGAAUAAAUACUUGCCUUCACCACUCCAGGCUAGAAACAAGAAGAUUAAAGGCCGCCUUCUGUGGUAAAACCAGGUCCGCUGUGUCCGUAGCCUUUGUCCUGGACCCUAAGCACAUGGAGUCUGAAGUUGCCUGAGCCUGGGGUCCCUGAGUGAGUAAAUGCAUGAGCCCCUUGCUGCAGAGGCAGUGAGUCUGGCAGAGCUUCUGGCUGUCCUGGAGGCCUGGGCCCCGCAUGCCAAGCUGUGGGGGUCCUGGGCUUGGUCACUGGCACCAGGCCUCCCAGGACUCGUCCCUGGGGGACUGGCCAGGGCAGGAGCAGAUGAAGCACCUGUGGAGCACAGCGAUGCCGGUGAUAAAAGGACAGUGCUUCUAGGGAUGAUUCAAAGUCCUGUCCAUUCAGAUGGCGAGCGAGCGAGCCUUUACCCUCUGGGAACCAUCCAGUGUGACCUGUCUUGCUAGGCCUUGUGUAGGACUCAUUCUGGAGGUCUGUGAGGUGUCAAAACAUGGGCGGGGGAAGGGCCUCCAGAACCCACCAGGCGAUGUACUCGGUGAAGUGAUGGGAAGUGGCAGCCACAGCAAUUUUAGAAGAUGAAAAGGCUGAAGAGCCGCAGUGUUCAGUACGUGUUGUGCAGGCACUUCAAGAGAGCCGAGGGGUCUAGCGACUUUUAGUCAUACAGGUUCAAAUUGUUAGCUGGUGUGCAUCAGUGGUUCUCAAACUCAGGCGCACACGGGGAUUGCCCAGGGGUUCCGUGUUGGUGGCCCUGGGCCUGGGCAUUCUGAUGCUCGCGGCAGGCCGGAGGCACGCGGCAGGCGGGGCCUGGGUCACAGUUUGCUGCACAGUUUUGUUAGGAGAAGAGGAUGGUCGACGAGAGCUAUUUUUAAUCCAAAAUGUUUCACCUCUUCCCCGUGGAGUCAGAUGACGGAGUGGGUGUUUUAAGGCAGCCCAAUAAACAUUUCAACAUUU